AUGAAGAAGGGUUUUGAGGACGUUUUGAUAAAGGUUAAUCAACUGUAUGUGCUCUACGAGCACGCUGCUGGCUAUGCUCUCUUCAAAGUGAAGGAGUUUGAGGAGAUCGCAAUGUUUAUACCUCAAGUAGAGAAGGCCACGCUGAAUCCGGUCAAAUUCAAGUCCUUCGUGAACCUGGUGGCAUUCUUGCCCUUCAAAUCGGGAACAAAUGCUCUGGACAACAUCAACAGCGUUUCAGAGGGUAUCAUUCACGAAGAUUUGCAAGCUUUUCUGGAGACUAACUUGCCGCAAAAUGUGAAAAAGUCCAAGUUCUCUUUGGGAGUUGGAGAUGCUAAAAUUGGCUCAGCUAUUCAAGAGUCUCUUGGAUACUCUGUCCAGUUUACCGAUGUGGUUCCUGAAAUUUUGCGUGGCAUCCGCUUCCACUUUCACGAACUGGUCAAGGGACUUUCUUUGAGUUCUUUGGGCUCUGCUGAAUGCAGUCUUGGGCGAAGUUAUUCUCGAGCAAAAGUCAAGUUCAACGUCAACCGAGCCGACAACAUGGUCAUUCAGAGUAUCAGCUUAAUUGAUCAACUCGACAAAGACAUCAACACCUUUUCGAUGCGACUCAAGGAAUGGUACUCCUACCACUUCCCGGAGAUGGCCAAAAUUGUUCCCGACAGUUACACUUACGCCAAGCUUGCUAAGGUCAUCGGGGAUCGAAAGGAGUUCUAUCUCUUGGAGGACGCUGCCGAGCAAAUUGAGGACAUUGUUCAGGAUUCAGCAAAGACACAGGCUAUCCUCAGUGCUUCUAAAUCUUCUAUGGGAAUGGACAUUUCCAAGAUCGACUUGAUUAACAUUGAAAUGUUCACUUCAAAGUUGCUUUCUCUCGCUGACUACCGCAAGCAGCUGAUGGACUACCUGGUUUCGCGUAUGCACAACAUUGCCCCCAACCUCUCUUCGUUAAUUGGUGAAAUUGUUGGCGCGAGGCUCAUUUCCCAUGCUGGCAGUUUGUUGAAUCUUUCCAAGUACCCAUCUUCGACCGUACAGAUUUUGGGAGCUGAAAAGGCUCUUUUCCGUGCUUUGAAAAAGAAGGGAAACACACCAAAGUACGGUCUCAUUUACCAUUCGACGUUCAUCGGAAGAGCCGGAAACAAAAACAAAGGGCGCAUUUCUCGAUUUCUCGCAAACAAGUGCUCCAUUGCUUCUCGAAUCGAUUGCUUCAGCGAGGAAGCUACCACCGUCUUUGGCAAUAAACUCAAAGAACAGGUCGAGGAGAGGCUGAAGUUCUUUGAUUCGGGUGUGGUGCCAAAAAAGAACGUCGAUGUGAUGAAGGAAGCACUUGAAGAAGCUGCUGUUGAUGCUCGAAAGCUAAAGAAGAAGAAGAAGAAGGAUAAAAAGCGAAAGUUGGCUGAAAUGGAAGAGCAGGAGGAUGUAGGCGAGACGGAGCACGCCAAUGGCAAUGCUGCCAAUGGCGAUGAAGUGGAGAUGGCUGAGGAGGAGGUCGUCGAGGAGUUGCCUAAGAAGAAGAAGAAGAAGAAGUCUCUGCCAAUUGCCGUCGAAGUGUGA